UCCUGUUCGGUUCCUGGUGCAGGAACCAGUGCAACCGCCUGGUGCGUUGCGCCCGUCCAACCACCGCUCGCACGCUGUGGCCUCGGCGCCGGGAUUGUCGCCGUGCUGCGCUGAGCUGCCUUUUGCUGUACGAGAUUUUCCGUCCGGGUGAGAGCGCUUCAAUGCAAGUCGGUUCUUGCGGAUGGACGAUGGAUGGCCGCGCGUUGGCCUGAGCCCAGCCUGUCAAUGUCGGUACGAGCUCUGCCUUGUGCAAGUACUUGGUACCUACAGCACUUGUACAUGCAAGCAAGCACCAGGGCGCUCCAGUAUAAACCCCGUGGCAUGCAUGUACAUGUACGCACUGCACAGCAAGCACCAGGGCUUCUCCAGGGCUCAUCGACGUGCUUGAAAGUGCUUGAAAGCGCGUGUAGACGACGUGAUGCAGAGCUUGUACUGCUACAUGCACCUGAGUCUGCAGCUGUCCCAUUGCUGCUGUGCUUCUGCUGCAAUGUCCGGAGUUACUGGCCUGGCUCGCUGGGGUCCCCCCUUCAUGCGCUGCCAGCCCUUUGCUAUCCCCCCAAACGGGCUAACCUCAGCCAACUCCAGGCCCCGCGAGAUAGGACGGUUAGGGGCGUGCUCCACCCCUGGCAGCCCGCUAACCUGACCCUGGCCUGGCCCAGCCGUUGCCACUGCCAGGUGCCUUGGGGCGUGGCCACUUUCGCUCGCUCCAAUCUCUCUUCCUUCGACUUUUCUGCCUCCAAGGGUGGCUGCUCUUCUCCUCAGCCCAUCACCAUCACCAUCAGCAUCGAACCCAUUGCGGCUCGUCGACUUUCACUCUCUUCUUUUUUUCUUUUUUCUUCGUGCCCAAAGCCUUCCCCCUUCUGCUUCUUGGUUCGCCAGCUUUUUCUUCUUCUUCUUUCGCGCCGUUGUCUCUCUGCUCAGCAAGCAUUUUGCAGCGCCUUCGUCGUGCCCCCUUUCCCAUCAGCGUUCGCCGUCUUCGAGCCGUCUUCGACUUGUUUUCUUUUCUCUCUUUUCACCACCUUGGGCGUUGCGCUUUAUUGCACAUACGCCGACGUUUCUGACUGCAUUGUCUCUGUCUUGUGCAUUUACCUUUCCUUUUUCUUGUUCACCUCCUGUUAUUUCCACUAUCUGGUGACUGGCUCUGCUAGAAAGCUCUACUUUUUUUUUAACUUGUCAUUUUCUCCCUCUGAGCCUGUAGUACCUCAGAGCCCAUCUUCGACCUCCAAAGUCAUUACCUUGAUACGAACCACCGAUAUCUGCACAACCCCCAUGUGUCUUCGCAGCUAGUUGUGGUCCAACGUGUCUUUUGUGACACUUGAUCGUGCUCAAGAAGUUAGCCGCCUGCCUUGUAAUAGUCGAGUGUGGCCUCGUGGUAAUAGUGAGCUCUUCAUUUCGACGCGAGGCACCCUUUAACGCCCUUGGCCGCUGAGCGCCCUCCUAUACAAUCAUCAUACCAGCCUUUUGUUCUUUUGCGAAUAAUUGAAAAACAUCGAAAAAUCGAAAAUCGAAAAUCGAGAGCGAUACAAGCGCGUCUGUUUGCUGUUGAUUUGUUUCCAGCCAUCCGAAAAAAAAACCAAAAGAAAAUAAAGGUU